GAAAAAAAUGCAGAGUUUUAAAUAGGGAGUGUCAGAGGUUAGGGGCAAGUGAACGUGCACUAUUUGAAGCACAGAUCUGGAUCCACUCAAAGCACCAAACCCAACUCCACCCCCACGCACCAACAGGCCACGAAACAACACUCUCGCUCACUGCCACUCCUACCGGUCUUUGUUAUACUUUCGAGGGAGAGAGAGGGAGAGAGAGAGAGAGAGAGAGAGCGAGCGCGCUUAAAAACAUGAGGUGGUUUCAGCUUUCAGCUUCACUGCCCACUUGCCCAGUGCCCAAAAAACAUGUUCAGCAGGAGUGAAACAAAUUUAUGGUUACUCUCUGCUCCCCGCUCCUGCUGCUGCUAGCCUCUGCAACCGCUCUGGAAACAAGGCGGUGGUUUGGUUUUUGUGGUAAGUUUGACUGUUAUUAUUGUGUUUGAACUGAAGAGACUGGUAACAAAGGAAAACCAGAAGACGACUUCUUUCAUGGGAAUAAGAGAAAGAGGAACGCUUUGCUCCUAUUCAUCACAAGUUGUUAGGUAGUGUUUGUGUGCGGUUGAGAAAGAAAGUUUACUUGUACAGACAGAAAGAGAGAGAGAACACUUCGCUUUCUCAGACCAAAGAAACAAUAAGAACUAAACUUGAGGGAGGGUUGGUUGGUUUGGUGUGUGAAAUUCUAGCACCAACCUAUUUUUCACCGAUGGAUGGUUAUGAGGCAACAAAAAUUGUUUUCUCGAGAAUCCAAAACUUGGACCCAGAAAAUGCAUCCAAAAUCAUGGGUAUACUACUUAUUCAAGACCAUGGUGGGAAAGAAAUGAUUAGAUUAGCAUUUGGUCCAGAAGCUCUUGUCCAGUCGGUAAUUCUCAAAGCCCGGAAAGACCUGGGACUGACCUCGAACCCUCCGUCCGCCCCUUCAACUCCGUCAUCUCCAUCGCCUUUCCUCUCAAGCAACCAACUUUCUGUCUCCAGGCAGAGUUCCUCUCCUACCAGGCUUCUUGGUGGGAUUAAUCUUCCUCCUCCUCCUUUAACCAUCCCAAACACUUCUUCUGUCAGUUCAGCUUCUUGGUCAGCCUUGUCUGAGGUUCAAAACCCAGAUGAUUUGAUUAGUCCCAACAAUCUAACCGUUGGGUCCUUCUCUUCCUCUUCAAUGAACACGUCUGCUUCCUCUUUACCCUUCUAUGGAAGUGGAGCCACCGAUAUGAUCGAUGACUUUCAGCUCCAAGACCAGCUUUCUUUCCUUAACGAUGGCUCCCCCGCCCUUGGCCCCAAAAACCAAGACUUGUUUUACCCUCAGUCAGACUUUUCCUCCAGUCCAACUGGUGCUGGUGGCGACCCUAUGCAUUUUGCUUCGUACGGUAGUUGGGGAGGAUCUCCACACCGCAGAAGCUUCUCGGUUAGUGAUGUCUGCUUGGGGUCUGAGGACCCCAAUUCCGGGUUUGGCUGGAAACCUUGUCUGUACUUUGCUAGAGGAUACUGCAAGAAUGGCACUAGUUGCAGGUUCUUACAUGGGGGGCUUGGAGAUUCGGUGGAUGGUUCUGCAAUGGUAGGUUCACCGAGCAAGAUUGAUAUGAUGGACCAGUGCCAUGAAAUUCUCAGAUCUAAAUCUGCUCAGCAACAAAGAUUGGCUGCAGCUUCUCAACUCAUGGCCUCAGCUUCAUUUCCUUACUCUUCAAAGGGCAUGAAUAUGCUCCUACAGCAGCAGCAAAAUGAUGCUAAUAGAGCGGCGGCGGCUCUAAUGAUGAGUGAAGAUAUGCACAAGUUUGGGCGAUCCCGGCUCGAAAGAAACGAUUUUUCGAUGAAUGGUGGGGCUGGAAUGGUGAACCCAGCGUCGAGGCAGAUCUACUUGACUUUCCCAGCUGAUAGCACUUUCAGAGAGGAAGACGUCUCAAAUUAUUUCAGCAUUUAUGGGCCGGUGCAAGAUGUGAGAAUCCCAUACCAGCAGAAGCGGAUGUUUGGAUUUGUUACUUUUGUUUACCCGGAAACUGUGAAGCUCAUUCUUGCCAAAGGGAACCCUCAUUUUGUUUGUGAUGCUCGUGUGCUUGUUAAGCCUUACAAGGAGAAAGGCAAAGUACCGGACAAUUGCAGAAAACAACAGCAUCAACAAGUGGAGAGGGGAGAGUUCUCACCAUGUGGCACACCUACUGGAGUUGAUGGUAGAGACCCAUAUGAUCUCCAGCUCGGAGCAAGAAUGUUUUACACUGCACAAGACAUGCUGUGGAGGAGGAAAUUGGAGGAGCAAGCUGAUUUGCAGCAAGCCCUUGAACUUCAAAGUAGGAGGUUGAUGGGCUUGCAGCUUCUUGAUAUCAAGAAGCAACACCACCACCGUGCGCUCUCCACUGGCAGCCCGGUCCCAUCUCCUACUCAUUCUCCCAACCCGUAUAGUCAAAACCCUGUUCUUCCUUCAUUCAGUAGCAGCCAAGAAGUCCCAGAAGAAAAUUCUUCUAGUGCUGCACCAACUCCUUCUGCUGCUGUUUCUACUGAUUUGCAGCAGUUGCAGAAGAUAGAGCUCACCACGGUUGCAGGCGAAGAAUUGACUGACAACAAUGAGAGCGCCAAUGGUGUUGGCAAUGGGAAGCGGAGCCCCCCUCAUGAAGAAAGUGAUUUGCAAGAAUGUUUGGAGCACAACCUCCCUGAUAGCCCCUUUGCUUCUCCAACGAAAGCAGCUGCAGACUUAAUGUCUGCCUUUGCCAAUGGGCCUAGCGUAGUGAAUGAUGCAGAUGCCUCAGCGGCAUCUGCUGACAAUAAACUGGCAACGGCAACAAUACUCCCGGCGGCGGCAUCCACAUUGGAUAUGGCAGCCUUCAAAUCUUUCAACUGCCAGAUGCCAAGGUUCUCCUCUGGCCAUGGCGCCAUUGGGAUGUAUGCUGGCACCGGUGGACCUAUUGGAAUUUAGCUUCCUAAUGUUAGGAAGAUUGAGAAGCAUAACCAAACAAACUCCCCCCAUAUGGAACAAGGUCCGUAGAGGAUCACCAUCACCAGCCCUCACCGCCAUCCUCAUCAUCAUCAAUACCAUACUACUUACUAGCAUACAAAAUGCAUACGUAAAAACGCAGCGAAGGAAGUGGGUCAUCUGUUCCUUUCCGUGUUGUUGUACUAUUUUCAUCUCUCAUUUCUGUAGUUGAAGUUGAACCACAGGUUAAAAAAGAAAGAACAUAGAAAGAAUCACACUGUCCAUGUGUAGUAUUAACUUCUGGCACUGUAAUUUCUAUCCCUUUCCAUUGUUUCCAUAGAAGAAACACUAGCCCAAAUGUAGUCUUAGUCUCAUUGUCCAUGUCUUUAGGGUGUAAUCAAAUCUUUGUACAGCUGAAGCAAGAGCCAGAGAAGCAAGGAAAAAGUGGUAAAAGCAGAAUAUAACUACAAGCCUUAUUGAUAGACCGUAACGAGUAAGUUAGAGGUGAAGGGGCUUAAGGUAGUAUACAAACAGUCAGCCCCCAGUUCUGUUUGAAGACUAAAAACAAUGUGGAAAUCUCUACAAUUUCAUGUAUUGCUCUUAUUUGUAGCACUAGUUGUCAUACACAAUAUAAAUCUCUUACUAGAUUGCCAGACA